GUUCCAGAUAGGACAUAUCCUACCCAAAAGUGCGACCAUGAACGUAAUUGGGCGAGUUGAGGUCGACGAAAAUGCGGUGCACUGCUUGGCUGCUGCAGCCAGCUGCGAGGCCUAUCUGACAGAACUGACAGAAUCACCGAGCUCGGCCGGGGAGUGGCCCACGUAUCUCACGUAUCCCAGACACAUCUCAGCCCAUGACCGAGCUCUCGCAGAAAAGAAGCAUACAACAAAGUCAGCAACACACCCUCAUCACCACCCGUAAACCCUGGGCAGGAUGGAGGACGCCCCAAAACGCCAUCAUCGGGAAAUAAGAAAGGCCCCAUCAUGCCAUUGGCGACCGGCGUGCACCACUGCGAGCAGAACUGGCUGCCACAGGCAGUUGCCCAAGCCACAGUUCAGGAGAGAAAGAAGCCCCGAGAAAAAGAAGACCAAAGCGACUUGGAAGCCGUGAGGGGAACCAAGAAAUGAAGGAUUGCAAAUUAUGGGCUCGGGACCGGCGGUAACAAAGCUUCGGCGAUCUCGGGGCAUCCAAAGACCGGAAGCUGAGCACCUAAGGCCGGCUCUCUUGGUGGCUCGAUCUCGCAGCACGCACUCAAGACCGAAGACCACCAUCCUGUCGGCUCGAGGGCCGACGCCGUUGGAGCGGUCAGGGAGGGUUGGCAAGGCAGCCAGACAAGCCGGGACGGGAGGGUUGGGGUACGCAGGGAGCAAACCAGAGCUGCUGCUCGAGCCAAGAUGCAAGUGGAAAAGAAAACAUCCCAUCUGCAGAUCACCAGCGCCUCGCGCUAUUUCCGGCACUCAACGCCCCGCUGGACCCUGCUAAAAGCCCCUGGUCCUAGCGGUAGCGGGCUCCACCAAGCCCCACUCCCCACGCGCUUCUUUUAACUUCCUCUGCCAAGACGGCUCUUGAUCUCUCCCCUCGAACACAGCUUCUCGAGUCUUGUUACACCUGUCAAGGCACAAGCCGCAUGAAGGAUUCUUAUUGGCAAUAGUUGACCGUCAAAAAGCUUCAAGGGCUUGAUAGGGGAGAUGACGAUGGAGGUCACAGCCGACUUGGAGAUCCAGGAUGUAGGUGUCGGUGAGAGCCGCUCUUCCGCAACACCAACGCUAGGUGUUUUGUUUUCCCGCCUUUUCACCCUCGUGGUUGCGCCGAUCUGUUUCUUCAGAAGGGCUUCAUUGAAAUUCGAGUGACGUUCAAGGUCUGGGCCAAGUCCACCGCUCAGCCCAGGUUUCACACAGCGAACAACUAUCGAAAGUUGCGUUGCCACACCUCCAUCAUGACUUCCAAGGGUCAGGUGAGAGACGCAGCCAUUAUGCCAUGUCUGGCAGUUACACGGGCGAACCUUUACCGGCAACAUCUGCGCAUUGAACUUUGGUGGUUGAGCGGUUGCCUCCCACUGCGUCCUCGAUACCCUUUGUGCUGGACCUUAUGCCAGCGGCUGAGCGGAUCGAGUCCAAGGGGGCUAACCGCCGUUAGCCGCAUUCAGUCUCCCCAUGGCGGGUGCCGAUUUGACCGUUGUACGUUGUUAGUGAGACCUUUUCUCGGGAUUCGGAUUGCUGUUUUGCGAGCUGGGUGUGGGUGGUGGUGUUGUUAUUGUUGUUAGCUUGCGCCCUGAUGAUUACUCGAGGAGGAACAGGUGGAAACAACACCGAAAAUAUCAGCUCUAGGUUUACACUUUCUGUGGGAACUUGUGCCUGUUGUUCCAGCAGUGAUGGUUUCGACUGAUACCGACCCCCUUGCUUCGAUGGCUGCGUCAAGGACGCCCAAUUUGGAAGAUUACAGGAAUUCUUUUGUUCUUUCCGUGGCCGGCUUACCUACAUGCAUGAGGAAGAUGCACCAGCCCGCUAGCCCAAACCCAACUCCCCACAAGCUCGAGGCGGCCAAAACGCGCCCACCCGUGUCCUGUUUCUGUUUCUCUGAUGCCACGGCAUCUUCGCGAUUCCGUGGCAGCGGUUGGACCCAGCUUCCAAUUCUCCACACCAGCUCGCCGCCUUUGCCACGCCUUCUCAUCUUGUAUCUGCAGCCAUAGAGACCAUCAGCCCAGUUGACGACCUAAUCAGCAUCAAACAGUCGUCAGAAACGGAACUUUGGCCAAGAAGCCACUCACCAAUACCAAGAGAACACAGACAAUCGAUACUAGCUCCGUAUUCUGCUCCCCAACAUCUUCGGCCAUUGAUGGAUCCCUCAGCCUCUUCCCCCCCCCCCUGUUUGGAGUGUAUGGUCCGGGGGUUAGCGAAAACCCGCGAUACUGGACUAGGAGAAGACGCUUGGCACCCGAGCACUGGUUGGGCGAUCCUCACGAUGGCCUAGUGUCCUGUUGCGGUAGGUGCACCAUGCGGCCUUGCAUUUCCGUUCUCGCCUUCGCGCUAUCUCGUGGCCGGUCGAUAUAAUGGCCUCGUUUCCCACUCUCGAGGGUUCUAUCUUUCCUUUGGAUCAUCCGACACCUCUUCAACCGGGCAUUCGGUUGCUUUCUCCUCUGGCUCUCCUCCUCCUCCCCCCUUCACCUCUUUAAUUUUUAAUACUUAUUCACCCUCAUUCGUUACCCUCGCACCUGCCAUCGGCCAGAUCGUGGUCAAGGUGUCAACGAAAUUUUACUGGAGAGCAGUAACAGGUGACCAUGAAGUCGUCUGGUGUUCUAUCGCUUGCGGCUCUGUCUUUCGCUACGGCGGUCAAAGCAGCUACUGUUACCUAUGACUGGACGGCAACCUGGGUCUGGGCAGCCCCAGAUGGAGUUGGGAGGCCAGUGGUCGGCAUCAACAAUGCCUGGCCUUGUCCACAGAUUGAUGCCACGGUCGGUGAUACUGUGAUCAUCAACUUCACCAACAAUCUCGGGAAUCAGACAAGUGGUCUCCAUUUCCACGGCAUCAACCAGGUUCAGACUCCCGAGAUGGAUGGGCCAAGCGGUGUUACCCAGUGCCCAGUACCUCCCGGCUCGACUCUCCAGUAUAAAUUCGUGGUUGAUGUCGGCGGUACCUUUUGGUAUCACUCGCACAACAUGGGUCAAUACCCCGACGGCCUGCGCGGAGUUUUCCUUGUUCACGAUCCUAAUGACCCCUAUGCCGGCUCGUACGAUGAAGAGGUUAUCUUGACGGUUUCUGAUUGGUACCACAAUGAGUCUCUUACCAUGGUCCGCAACAUGCUGCAGCCUAGCAAUACUCGAUUCGCUCCGCCCAUUCCCGAUGGCAUGAUCAUCAACGAGGGAGCUGGGUUGAAUGUCAACUUCACCAAAGGCAGGAAGUAUCGCUUCCGCAUGAUCAGCUUCGCCGCCUUGGCUUCCGCCAUGAUUCACUUCGAUUCUCACGACAUUAACAUCAUCAUGAAUGACGCCGACUAUCUGCAAAAGGAGGUCAAGUAUCAGCUCCGCAUUGCCACGGCUCAGCGUUACGACUUCAUCAUCGAGUGUAUUGAUCGAGACAACGACAACUACCCAUUCUUGAUCUCGCUGGAUAUCAACCGCGACUGGACAAAUCCCGACUUGGGUCCCCUCCAAUGGCCACACAACUACACCGGCUACCUCACCAUGGAUUACAACAAACCAAACACCAAGAAGGACGUAGUGCACAAGUGGAAACCUGCUGACGACUCCCACUUCAAGCCAUAUGACAACGAGGCGAUCCUCGGGGGGAACGACACCAACUAUGACACUCUGAUCAAGAUGGACUUCGCAUUCUGCACAGAUGCCAACGGCUACCCCCGCGCUUGCUUCAACAACCUGACAUACAUCGACCAAAAGGUACCCGCCUUGUACUCGGCCGCCACCACGGGCGACGACAACAGCAAUCCCAUCGUCUACGGCCAGAUCAACCCCUUCAUUGUCAACUACGGCGAUGUUGUCCAGAUCGUGGUCAACAACCAGGAUGCUGCCACCCACCCUUUCCAUCUCCACGGCCAUCACUUCCAGGUUCUCGACCGCCCCAAGACCGGCACCGGGGACUGGUCCGGCAGGGAUACCAACUACAACCAGAAGCCGCCCCGGCGCGACACCGUCACGGUCAUGGCGCACUCGCACGCCGUCUUGCGGUUCAAGGCCACCAACCCAGGCACUUGGCUGUUCCAUUGCCACAUUGAGUGGCAUGUCGAGAUGGGCCUGACGGCCACCAUCAUUGAGGCGCCGGACAGGCUGAGAAACCUGACCUUCCCUCAGGAUCAUCUGGAUGCUUGCAACAAGAUGGGCAUCCCGGUGAGUGGCAACGCGGCGGGCAAUACGCAGGAUUAUUUGGAUACCACGGGGAUGGUGACGGUUCCGCCGACGAUUUAUAACGGGGCUAUGUAUGCUGGGUCUAGCAGCAAGAAGAGGGGGUUGAUGGGGAGGCUUGCCUCAGGGAUGGGGAGUUUCUUCUUCUAGGAAGUGGACUAAGUAUUGAUUUGGAGGGAUGAGGGAUGCCGACUCGGGCAUGGAGGGCGGGUUGGAGAUGGGGAUGAUACCAUGGAUCUUUUUUUGGCUUUGGAUUUGGGCUUUUUCUUUUGCGGUUUUUGGAUUGGGUUUUAGGCUCUUUUGGAUUUGAGCCUUUUUUUUCUUGUCGUUGUUGGAUUGGAGGGAGGAGGAAAGGAGAUUCCGUUUGUUUCUGCCUUUCUGUAUGGGGUUGGGGCGCAAACUGCUGUUUUUAUUAGGUGCCCCUAAUACCUCCGAUGUGUUAAAAUAAAAAUUGUUGUUAUGUUUUUUGAUUUGGGGAUUUCGGGGCAUGGUGAUGUAUUUGGUGGCGGAUUAAUGGCUGGCUUUUGUUGCGAGAUGAGAGAAUAUUUCAUGUAGGGGUUGAGUGUUAAUGACGAUAAGGUAGUGUUGUUAAAAGAGAUAGAAUGAAUAGAGAAUGAAGUUUGGAUGAAAA